GUCAGUUAAUACUUCUUGAUUGUUAUGCUGAAUUUUAUCAUUUUAGAAUCAGAAAAUUGGUAAAACGUGUUACUUUUUCGACCAAUAAUCGGCACAGCAUUCUUCUGAAAGCCUCCAUACACGCCCUUCUAAAUUGCAUCAUCCGGAUAUCGGUAGGGAAGCGCGGAAUAUUUCUUAUCCGAAAAGGAAUAAAAUAUUUCCACAAAACAGCAGCAAAUAUCCACAAAAUGCCGUAAAAAUUAAAGAUUUUAAUAUCUGUACUCUAUUAUGCUCUUUUUAUCCAUCUAUCUUUUAUCAGUUGCAUAUUAUAGAUAUUUUUUUCAACCACAUUUCACCACCCCUUUUUUGUACAAUGAGACAGCCUUCAUCACUUCCGGGUUGUUGAACUUUCACCCAUUCCAGGAGCACGAAUGGACGAAGCAUAAAGAAAGGUGUUUCGUGUUUUAAAUACUGAAGAGGGCAGUGUCCAACACCAGUGCAGCAGUACUAAAGUGAAGUUUCCAUCCUAACUUGUACUUGAAGAGUUCACAGACAACUGAUCAGGAAAAAUGCCAAGGAAAGACCAGGUUUUGCGGGAGGCUGCUUACAACGGUGACCUUGAAGCCGUUCAGAAGGUCAUUGCCGAAGGAGUCGACAUCAACAUUAAAGGAUCGCAAUUUAAGCAGACGGCCCUGCAGCUGGCCACACGAGAAGGACAUGAGAAGAUCGUAGCGGAACUUCUGAAGGCCAAGGCUGACGUCAACCUUACCACAACGGGUGGUUACACGGCGCUGCACAUCGCGGCACAGAAAGGUCAUGAGGUCAUCGUGCCAUGGCUGAUCCACGCAGGGGCAGAGGUCAACGCGACCACUGUGUUCCAGGAGAGCCUGACACCGCUACACCUGUCCGCCAGGUUCGGACAUCACGGGACGGCCGAGGAACUGAUAAAAGCGGACGCAGACGUGAACGCUCGCGAUAACGAAGGCUCCACCCCGUUACACCUGGCAGCCCGGUACGGCCGGCCCUCCUGUGUACCUGUCCUGCUGCAGGCUGGCGCUGACGUCAGCGUUAAGGAUGGGGGAGGAAGGACAGCUGAGGACCUGGCUGCUGAUGAGAAGUGUAACACCAGAGAUCGGGAACUUGUCUUACAGGGCAGGAAGGAAGUCCUCAAGGCCUUGAAAGGAGAGCCCAUAGAUGAUACUGUUGUUGAGAGUAAGACGCCAGCCCAAGUGAAAGCUGCUCAGAAGAAAAGGAAGAGGAAGAAGAAGAAACCAGCAGGACAAAUUGUGCAGGAGCCACCGGAUCAGGGGACUCAAAAACAGGAGGAAUCGGACUCAGGAGAAUCGUACAUAGAGCCUGUGGUGUUCAUCAGCUACCAGUGGGACAUCCAGUCAGACGUGGUCCAGCUUCGAGACCGGCUGGAGGAGGCCGGGUACCCCUGCUGGAUGGACAUCGGACAGAUGGGAGGAGGGGACGCUCUGUACGAGGAGAUCGACACGGGGAUGAGGGAGGCUAAGGUGGUUGUGUCCUGCCUGACGCCGAAGUACAUCGCCUCCAAGAACUGCAGCAUGGAGGUCAACCUUGCGAACGACCUUGGGAAGCCGCUGAUACCCAUCAUCUUUCAGCCGGUGGACUGGCCGCCCCGUGGCAGCAUGGGACCUAUCUUGGCUGGACACCUCUACAUCGACUUAACCUGUGAGGGAGGGGGACACGGGGGAGGGGUGCUUCACGCUUCCAUCGCAAACAAACAGCAGGAGAUUCUCAGCAGGAUCCAGCAAAAGAUCCGGCCGACGGGGAGGCCCAGAAAACGGGCGGGAGUUGCCACGGCAACCCAGGAACCUGGUGUGGAGGAGGUGGAACAAAACUCAGGACCGCAGGCAGAACCUGAGCAGAAAUCUUCACGGUCCUGUGUCAUUAUUUGA